GUAAGCAAAUUGAUUUGUGCAACAAAACACAUUGAAUUGGAAAUAAACGUCUUCUGUUCUCAGUUAGUCUGUAAAACACCAUGUGGAUAUUGUUAUUACAAAAUUAAAGAUUCUGUUUAUAGUAUAAUCAUGGCUUCAAAUUCGGCGAGUGUGCUUCAAAGUGACAUACUGCACAGUAUUAGUAGAAUUCAGCAAGCACGAACAAACGCUUCAGCAUCACAACAUGUGGGUGUCCAGCAGAACCAAUGGCAAAGACCAAUUACUGAGUUUGGAGACUGUCCGGAUUGGUCGAUCUGGAUAACUAAGUCAGCCUAUGUAGGUAAUAUUGACUUCGACAGAGCGGAGUGGGCCGAGUCCAGGCAAGCUGUAGACGAAGUUAUGAAAUGGAUUCUUGAAGAUAUAAGACUUCAAGCUAAAAACUACAAGGGGCUUCGAAUCGAUUCUUACGUAAGACAAGGAAGUUCCAGGGAAGGUUUGAAGGUUUACAAGGCAGACGAGUUCGAUUCGAUGCUAGAAUUCCACAUUGAAGGACUAGAAAAUCGCAUUAAGCAGACACCGAUUUAUAAAAAUGGAAAAAUUAUUCCAGCAUUUUGCUACAUAACGAUUUCUGAUUUAAGUAUUGACAGGUUACAAAGACUGUGUCCCGAACUCUCGUACGCAGGACUAUUUGAAUAUAGAGACGGGCAUAUCUUCUUGUCUUCGAAAGUAAUUCAUGAAAAGGUAUUUGAGUCAAUGGUAGAUAAGGCGAUCAACACUCUUUCCAACACAAUACGAGAAGCCAAACCCUGGCGUCAUAUGGCAGAAAGUUUUACAUUGACACGCAAAAUGAAUCCUCCCGCAAUAAACGUCACCAUUGAAAUGAAAUUUCACGGCAGACCUUCAAAAGUCAUUGAUCUAGAUUUGGUACCAGCUUACCUUUUCGAUUACGACAGGACAACAACGUACGAAGGUGUUCUACUUAACUGUCCAAUUCAUGCAAUAUGCAAAUGGGUCGAUGGUGAAGACUUGAAUCAGAACCUGAUCUGGAGUUCAAAAUCCACUGGCUAUGAAAUGCAUAUUUUUGAUGUUGCCAGGAAUGACCCACGAAAACGAAAGCUUUUCAUUCUCACAGCGGUGCGUAUCAUAAAGACGUAUUUUGUCAAAACGAAAGAGAUUGCAAAAGCGGCAGGCCAUCCGCCACCUCAGAUAACUACUGUUCUGAAGUCGUACCAUUUGAGGCAGAUUGCAUUUUACGCAAUGUACUACUUGUGUCAUAGACACCCGACGCUUAGGUUAGAUUGUGCAAGUGCUGCGUUGUCAUACGUCAUUGGUUUCUUAGAAAAGGCUUUGAAAGCGAAGCGAUUGCCUCACUUCUUCUAUUCCAGUAGAUUAGCUCAAGAUAUGCUGCCUGGGUAUCCUGAGCAUUACGACAGGCACUUGCGCUUUAAUCUUUUUCGAAAGAUAAGCAUCGAAGCAUUAGAAAGAGCCCUUCAAUCUCUAGGAGAGAACCUAAUCCCUAACUUGGGAUUUUCCUUUGGGGAAAUUGAUGACGAAAGGAAAAUGGUUUUCAGUGAAUUUGAAGGGUCACUAUCAACGGGCGACUAUUUUUAAAUCAAAAGGGCAUAUGCCAUUAGCGUGUCCGAGUGUUACUUUGGCUUGUAAAUCCAAUAUAAAAAUACGCAAACAAAUGAAUUCUUAAUAUGUUAUUAGUUAUCUGGGAUUAAUUGCGAAAAAGAUAAGCGUGUUAUGGCACUACACAUUAUAACAUCUAAAACUUAGUAUCUAAU